AGCAGCAGCAGCAGCCGCCGCCACCGGCCCAGCAUGUCGUACUGCUGGGGAGCCGGCUCCUGCGGGCAGCUGGGGCUGGGCGAGGCGGCAGCCGGCGGGCCGGUGCGGUGCCGGCGGGGACCCGAGCCCGGCGGGGGCUGGACGCUGCUGGAAGCGGCUUGCGGGGAGCGCCACACGCUCCUGCUGCGGCCGGACGGCACCGUCUGCUCCUGCGGGGCCAACGCCCGCGGGCAGCUGGGCAGGAAGCUCCGCCCGGGGCAGCGGGGCGGCUACACGCCGGAACAAAUUCAAGCUUUAGAAGCACAGAUUAUAGUUCAUGUGAGCUGUGGAAAAGAACACUCGCUGGCUGUUUGCAACAGAGGAAAGGUCUUCUCCUGGGGAGCUGGGUCUGAAGGCCAGCUGGGCACGGGAGAAUUUAAGGAACAAAGUUUAAUCCCAAAGAAAAUAGAUGGUCUCUCUGCUCUCAGAAUAAUACAAGUCACCUGUGGACACUUUCACUCGGUUGCACUGGCACAAGAUGGCAGAGUCUUUUCAUGGGGACAGAACACCCAUGGCCAGCUGGGCCUGGGACAAGAAAUCCCCUCCCAGCCUAGCCCACAGCAUGUCACGUCUCUCAGCGGGAUCCCCGUGGCUCAGGUUGCUGCCGGCGGGGGACACACCUUUGCCCUGUCUCUCUCGGGAGUUGUGUAUGGGUGGGGAAGGAACAACGCACGGCAGCUGGGAUUAAGCCACGCUAACACAAGAGAGCAAGUCUUCAAACCAUAUGCGGUAGCUGCUCUGACGACUAUUGGCGUGGUCUAUAUCAGCUGUGGAGAUGAACACACUGCAGUGCUCACCCAGGAUGGCAGUGUGUUCACAUUUGGAGAUGACAGUGCUGGACAGCUGGGACAUCGCUCUUCAACCCAGAUGCCUGGUCCUCAAAAGGUCGAAUGGCUAGAUGGUCCAGUUUCCCAUUUGGCAUGUGGAAGCUAUCACACCCUGGUCUACAUGUCUACUCCUGGGCAGGUUAUAUCUUUUGGACGUGGUCCCCAAAGACACAUUGAAAAUGGAACAGCCAAUAACCCAGGGGAGCAGCCGCAGAACUUUGACAUCAGCAGCCUGGUUUCAGCUAACGAUCUGUCGGGCGUCCAAGUGAAAAUGAUUUUUGCUGGAACGUAUGUCAACUUCGUCAGUACUCUUCAGUCCCAGGAUCUUGAGCAUGCACGUGGGAUCUCUCCCGCAGAUACCCUGCAGAAGAUUAGCAGGCUUGACAGGACGUUGAUAGAUAAAUGGAUGGCAGUGACAGUUGGCACUGAUGAAUUCCAGGAGGCUAAAAGGGAAAUAGCCGUGAUAUUUUCUUCUCCUGCUUGUUUAAGUGCAAGUUUUUUAAAACCCAGCUCUGCGUUGGAAGCAAAUUGUAUUGGUGUUGAUCUACAAAAGGCAAGGGACGUAUUUGAUGAGCUAACCAAAAACGAGUGGAUUGUUAACCAGAUAAAUUACUAUCUGAUGGCGGAUCUGAUUCCUGGUCUUCCACUGCGUUCUCCUCAUCGUGAGGCUUUGUCUAUUUUCCUACUCCUGCCAGAAUGCUCUGUGAUGUGCAAAGAACAGAACUUGGAGCCUUUUGUUAUGCGACUUGCGCAGGCCAUUAAUAGCAUGAGUGACCGUUCCUCAAACAUACUGGAAAAAUGCUGGAUGUCUUUGUCAGCAUCCUUUUUGGACACUGUGGUACAGAUGUUCAAAAAGGCUGUAGUAUCUCAGCUGCCAUUUUACGCCACUCCCCGUUGCCGGGACACCAAACCUCUCCUAGAAGUGCUUGAAAAGCUGUACAGGGCAAACAGGAAGGCUAACUACACGCUACAGUUAAGCAAUUUUUACAUAGAUGAAAUCUCCGGAACAUUUAUCCUUCCAACCGACGUAGGGAGGUGGCGCUCAUGGCAAGCUACAGCUAAUUCGUGUCAUGAAGACGACGUUCCCGUCAUAUUCUGCCGUUUCCCUUUUGUCUUCAACUUGCUUUCCAAGACUCAAGUGUUCCACUUUGAUUCAAUUUUCAUGCAAGAGGGUGCGAAGGCAGAAGCCCAAUUCAUACUGAAGCAGAAUGAACUCCUGAGAAAGGGCGAGCUUCCUGAGUUCCCUGUUUUUCCUCUGCAAGUUAAACGCAGCAACCUGGUUGAAGAUACUUUACGUAAACUAAGUCUGGUGGAGGACAGUGUCCUGAAAAAGCAGUUGUUGGUGCAGUUUGAAGGGGAGUUGAGAGGCCUGGAUGCAGGCGGAGUGACGUUAGAAUUCUUCCUGUACCUAUUUGAAGAGAUGGUGAAUCCACAGUAUGGGAUGUUCGUGUACUGUGACCCUGCGUCCCCAAUGUGGUUUCCUAGCAGCCCUUCGGUAGAGAAGAAAAAGUAUUUCCUCUUUGGGAUCCUGUGUGGGCUCUCCCUGUUCAACAGGAUCAUUGCCUUCAUCCCUUUCCCACUCGCUAUUUUUAAGAAACUUCUGGAUAAGAAGCCUUCCCUCGAAGAUUUGAAAGAGCUGAGUCCUGUGGUAGGGAAGAGUUUGCAGGCAGUUCUAGAUUAUGAGUAUGAUGAUAUUGAAGAGAAUCUUCAGAUACAUUAUUGUGUGUCGUGGGACAACAAGGAAGUAGACCUGAUUCCAGAUGGCAGUUCCAUAGCUGUGAACAACAAAAACAAGAAGGACUUUGUCAACAAGUAUGUGGAUUACGUCUUCAACAAAUCUGUGGAGGUGAUUUAUGAGGAGUUCAAGAGGGGAUUUUAUAAAGUCCUGGACAGAGAGAUACUUAGAUUCUUCCAGCCUCAAGAACUGAUGGAGGUGGCAAUUGGAAAUGCUAAUUAUGACUGGAACAAAUUUGAAAAGAAUGCAGUCUACUGGGGAAUGUACACUCCAUCACACCCCACCAUCAAAAUGUUCUGGAAGGUUUUCCAUGAGCUCACAGUGGCACAGAAGAAGGGCUUUCUCUUGUUUCUCACAGGAAGCGACCGGAUCCCUGUAAUGGGAAUGGACUGUAUAAAGAUAAAAUUCAACCCACACAUGACUAUGUCUGAAGAUCACAUCCCUGAAGCACAGACCUGCUAUCACAUCCUGAUCCUCCCACAGUAUUCUACAAUAGAAAAACUCCGGGAGAAGCUGCUUCUAGCAAUCGAGAACAAUCGGGGGUUUGGCAAAAAUUCGCAGCUGGAGAAUAAGAGCAAAUCUAACAAAAUGCCAAGGGGCUGCCAGACAGGCAGGCAACAGAGCAACAGCCAAACGCGUUUAUUGUCACCACCUCCUCAACCAGCAGCGGUAGCAUCCUCCUCGUUGCUGCUGUUCCCAAAACCAAACUGCCACCCCAACUUCUUCAAGAAGCACCCGCAAGAAAUCUGCCAGAUCAACUGCAAAGAGAGCUCCCUAGCGGUCGUGGAGAAAAAUGGGAGCGUUCUCGUUUUUGACAAAGAGGGUGAACACAGAAAACCCGAAUGCGUGAAUUCCGGAAAGGACAGGAGGGUGCAUUCCUUGGACUGUGGAGCAGCUCAUAUGCUUAUUCUCUCCUCGGAUGGAAAGCUUUCUGAGCACAGCAUUUCAGCCACAGCUAAUAAGUCGGAGAUGAGACUGCUGAAAGAAUUAAGAGACAAAUACAUUGUCCAGAUCGCAUGUGGGGACCAUCAUUCCAUGGCACUGUCUAAAGGAGGUGAGCUUUUUACCUGGGGACAGAACUCGCAUGGUCAGCUUGGAGUGGGGAACCAGACUCCCUUUACCGACAAACCACAACUGGUGCAGGAGCUCAGAGGCAUCCCGCUGGCUCAGAUUGCUGCAGGAGGAACUCACAGCCUUGUCCUGUCGCUCUCAGGAGCUGUUUACUCGUGGGGGAAGAACAAUUUUGGACAGCUGGGACUUGGAGAUACAGAAAACAAAUAUUACCCUUCAUACAUUACAGCCCUAGAACAUAAGAAGACUGUGUAUAUCUCGUGUGGUGCAGAGCACACUGCCGUUCUCUCACAGGAUGGGCUGGUGUGUACCUUUGGAGCUGGAGAUUAUGGGCAGCUUGGUCACAACUCCACCCGGAAUGAGCUGACACCUCGUAUUGUGGCUGAGCUGUUUGGAGCAAGGGUGUCUCAGAUAGCAUGCGGAAGAUGGCACACGCUUGUCUAUGUCCCCUCCUUGGGAAAAGUCUAUUCAUUUGGUUGUGGAGCAGAAGGGCAGCUGGGCAAUCGUGACACAUCUAAUCAGUUGAUACCACUGCCUGUCGAAUUACCUUCAGACUGGGUGAAUGGUGGAAAACUCAACCAGGGAAACAGUACCUCUGAAAAGGUGAUUAAAAUUAUUGCGGGAGGAAACCAAAGCAUUGUGCUUUGCUUGAAGAAAAAGAAUCCAUAUGUUACUUUGAAUGGAACUGCCAUAGCAGAAGACAAGGAGGUGGAUAAAUGGAUUUCUAAUUCGGAUCCUAAACAGUGGGAGACUAUAAAGAAGACUAUUUGGCUGAUCUUUUCAUCUGAGGCUUGUGUCAAUGGAAGUUUCUUGGACAAAAGUAGAGACAAACAUUUCAGAACCUCCAAAGAAAUCUCAGGUGUGGAUAUGUCAGCAGUGCUUCUUUUUUAUGAGAAGAUGAACAAGAAACCAAAAGUCUUCCAGGAGAUGAUCUCUGCAGUUGAGAAAUUGCUGUCAUCGCUGUCUUCCUCUCCCAGCUCACCUGAAGCUCUCAGGCUCUACCUGAUCAUUCCUGUCCUUUUACGGGGGCAGGAUAACAUGUCUGACUGUCUUCUUGAUCGGCUAGCAGCAGCCAUCCUGAGUCUCCAACAAAAAGAUCUGAAAGUUCUUGAAUCCCUGUGGUCAAAUCUAGAAAUACCCUUUUUCAAGGACCUAGUGAGCAUGUAUCAAAGGGUUUCCAGAAUCAAUUUAUGUCUUUUCAUCGAGCAAGCCAGAAACUCUGAAGAAGUUACCUGUGAACCACACUUGAAUAGGACUCUGAAAAUGCUGCAGAUUCUUUACCAGGUGAAUUCCAGUGCUGGUUUCAAAAUACAAGAAAACAACUUCUAUGUACCUGAAGUGAAAAUGAUUUGGGGACAGGAUUGGGAUUUGAAUGAAGGACCAACUUUUGAGCAGUGGAUCAAAAACCAGAAUUCAAAGCGUUUGGAAACGAGGGCUUUGUUGAAACUGACUGCAUACCCUUGCAUCUUUGACAUGCAAGAUAAGAUUGUGGUUUAUGACAUUGACCGCCAAAUUCUGUUCGGGAUAUAUAGCGAAAACUCUUUCCUGGUGCCAUGGUUUUUAGCGAUCAGAAGAGCACACCUUGUGGAUGAUGUGUGGCAGAAUUUAAGGAGCGCAGCACCUAAAACAUUUGAGAAAUUCUUGAAAGUGCUGUUCGUUGGAGAACAAGGUAUUGAUGAUGGAGGGUUGUCCCAGGAGUUCUUCACUAUCAUUACAAGGGAACUGUGUUGUCCAGAAGCACAGAUAUUCAGACAUUUUGAGGACUCCAAGCUGAUUUGGUUCCCCUCCCAGGUACCAGGAAGCGAAGACACCUUUUUCCUGAUUGGCACUCUGUUUGGAAUGGCACUGUAUAACAUGAAGAUCGCUCCCUUUCAUUUCCCCCUAGCUCUGUACAAAAAGUUGCUGGAUAUUCCACCCACUCUAGAAGAUUUAAAAGAGCUGUCGCCUACAGAAGGGAGGAAUCUUCAAGAAAUCCUGGAUGAAGACUAUGAUGACAUCCUUGAGAACAUGAUGAUCGAUUUCACAAUAAUGAAGGAACAAGAUGGAUCUAUAGUUUCCAUCGAACUUAAAGAAAAUGGUGCAGACAUUCCAAUCACAAAGCAUAACAGGAAAGAAUACGUCGAUGCAUACGUGAAUUAUGUGUUCAAUGAAUCGGUAAAGAAGCCGUUUGAGGAUUUCAGGAGUGGGUUUUUAAGAGGCUGUCCAGCUAAAAAGUGGAAGCUCUUCCUUCCUAUCGAGUUCCUGACUGUUUUCCGUGGACAUACAAAAUAUGACUGGAAGCUGCUGGAAGAGAAUACAAAGUACAAAGAUUAUGAAAAGUCUGAUCAAACCAUCAAGAAUUUUUGGACUGUGUUUCAUGAACUCCCAGAAGAAAAGAAGAAGAAUUUUCUUGCUUUUCUGACAGGAACGGAUCGAAUCCCUGCCGAAGGGAUGAGACAUUUUGAAUUCACUAUUGAAGACUUUAAAAAAGAAAACCCAGACCUUUUCCAUCCUAUUGUCAAUACCUGCUAUCAUGUCUUGAUGCUCCCGAGAUACAGCAAUGAAGAGAUUCUGCGGGAAAAGUUCCUGAAUGCCUUAGAGUUUUAUGAAAAAUUUAGCCUAUCAUAAAUUGGGGCCAAGAAGCAAUUUAAAAAACAUUUUUCAUGUCUUACUUGCAAUAGUCUUCUAUUGUUAGCUCUUGUGGGAGAAGCCACCAAAUCCUGUCUUUUAUUUAUGCUGCACCUUAAAAACAUUCAGAUUCAUUCAUCCAUUGGGAUUGCACUUUAACAAAGGAGGUGAUUCUCAGGCCUGCAAAGUACCUAACAUUGUAGAACAGGUUUGUAAAAAGACACUGAACUAACUAACCAAAUGCAGCAUUGACUAAACAAAAAUUUAUUGUUAUAGGUUAAAUGACUUUUUCCCCUGCAUAAUCUCUUACACUGUGUGUGUGUAUAUGUGUGUGUGUGUGUGUGUGUAUAUAUAUAUAUAGAGAGAGAGAUUGAUUUUGUGAUAUGACAGGUGUAUAUAUACUACAUAGGAAUUUCAAAGGUACCUAAUGGAGUUAAAUGCCCAAUUCUCCUGGAAUUUCAUUUGGAUUUGGGUGAAUGAGUCUCUUAGGUUCCAUUGCAAAUCCCAGCCUUAAUAUGUAUCUAAAGAAAACGUUGUAAUUAAUUAUAUAAUGGUAUAUAUAUAAUAGGUACUUUUAACUUGAGUGCUACCUAAUGAGCUGCUGUGUUAGGCAAAAUCACCCUCCCAGUUUUAACUCUCGUGCUUCCUACAUUCCCAGGAUUUAAAAGAAUCUUGCUGCUUCACAGAUGUUUCUGGCUGGGGUUUUCAAAGGAGCCUAAGAGAGCUAGACACCCAAUUCCCAAUGAAUUCUAAUGGGAAAUGGGCAACUGACUCCCUGUGGCCUCUUGGAAAGUCUCCAGCAUAUCAAGCUGUCUCCACAUUCAGCGAAAAAGAGGUUAAUUAGAUGCUGGUAGGAGGGGUUGGUAAAGAUAGUGAUGACUCCAACUCUACAGUGCUCUUAUUUGACAUGGGCCUGAUUACUCGGCAAAAUAAGUCACUAUCUUUGCCAGUUGCAGAAGCCUGAAUUGUGUUCACAUGGUGACCUCGAGAAGCAAGUCAACAACUAUAAUAUUAACAAAUAAGAAUUAACACUUCUUCUAUAGGUUUCCCAAUGCAUCCUGUCUUCACUAUGUCUUUUUUUGUUAGGCCUGUAAGGUCUUUGGGGCAGAGAUUCUCCAUACUUUGUAUCUUGUAUAGAACCAAGCACGCUGUCAAUGCAUUCUUAAUAGUAGUUAUGCCAAGGGGAGAGGAGGAUGAAAUUUCCACUGAUCAGAUAUACUAGUGAUGAGUUCUCUAGCCUCACCCACUACCUAAGGGGGCUUGAACCUGCAAAUUCGUACUUGACUGAGCAGUCCAUACUCUCACAAGCACUGCCUUUGACUCCCCUAAGUAAGAGUUUUCAGGAUCAGGACCUAACAUGGCAAAUAUUUUAUAUUCUGUCAGUCAUUUCCAAGCUUUGCUAAAAGCUGUAUUUUUAAAACAUUAAUGCAAGGGCCUUGCAUUCCCAACUUAUUUUACUGUAAGUAGCUUUUUAAAGAGGGUGUGUGGUGUCCUAAGCAAAUAGAUUUCAUUUUCAAAAGCAUGAUGUUUUUUUAAAUAAAUGUCACUGCUACCGUAAGUUAAACUCUUAGGGUCCAACUCCAUGUGAGUGGAUCUAUGCAGGCUUCCUGGUGGGCCCUGGGAGAUGCUCGUACUUUGCACAGUUAAGGCCCAACACUGAUAACAUUAUGCAAGGUUGUAAACACUGCAGACUAUACUUCUGUAUAGUUUUGUUUCUUGUAAAAAGCAUAUAAAUAGUGCAUCUUUUUCACUGUCCGACAACAAUGCUCAUUGCUUACCCUGCAUACCAUAUGUUUGUUACACAUUGUUGAAUAUGUCAAUGGACAGGUAGCUAAAGCAGGUUUCAUGUGUAAGAAAGUGUUUUACUGGCC